ACUACUUGCUACCCAUGGACUAGUAUUAGAUAACACUGCAGUCAAGGGGAAGGAGGCAGCAUUUCAUCAUUCAGUUUACAGUUUCUGCACAAGCUUUUAUAACAUGUGCUACAGGGGGAUCCACUCUCUGUUGGAAUGCUAUAGGGACCCAUAUAUACCUUUGUCAAUCUUUCAUACUGUUCUGUCAGUAAUUGGGACACCUGACAGGGAGCCUGCGUGUGAUCACUGAUGGUGCCACAGAUUUGAAGGUGUAUCCCACAGCUUUUAUUUCCUUCCUCAUUGCCAGGCCUUCUCUACAACCGUGGAAGAGUUCAGGACACUCCCAUGUGCCUUUUCAGCUCUACUUUCCACUCUUUAUGGGAAGAUCACUUUCCUCCAGUCUUUGAUGCAGGUUUCCCCUAUCCUGGGUACAACAUACAUCCUAAGCUAUGGAGCUGGUGUGCUAUGGAUUGGGCAAAGUUUCCUUUGUGCUUCUGUCCUUAACAGUUACCACACCGUUCAUUCUGAGAUCUACCAUCCAGCUAUUGAGCCUCAGGAUUAUGAGAUGAUUGACUUUUUGGUGAAAAGAUUUAAGCUCUGGCUAGGACUCAGCAAAACUAAAGAGUUUCGUCACAAAGUGAAAUUUGAAGGGAUGGACUCCUUGAUUUCCCACUCUUCUGGAAACUCCAAAAGGUCUUGCCUUCCAUCUCCUGGCACCAACAUUCGCUGUGCUAGUGCAACCAUUUCUUCCUUCAGCUCUGAAGAGCUGGUGUUUACUGACAGCCCUAUCUCUGAUCCAAGCAAUGUAGGCUUUUACCUGGAGCACCUGCCUUCUGCAGUUAAUGAUCUCCUGGACUGCUUUGAUAAGGUCCUAAAGGUGAUGGAAGAUGUGUGCCAUCUUGAGACCAGCUUGGAGGAGACUCAGAAGAGAAUUUGCAAGAAGAAGAAGGAGGAGCAGAAAAGCCUUCCCAUAGAAAAAGUAGUGGCACUCACCUCAAGAAUCCAGUUAGGACUACCAAGAACUUACAGUACCUUCUCAGAGUCUGGCUUAGCCAGGCUUAGAGUUCACCCUGUCAGGAUUUCCAGCUGCAGUGCCACUGAAGGGUGCAAGCAUCCCCCAGUGGCUACUGUAUCUCAGCAAAGUUCAGCAGGAUUCAAGGUUCUGUUGGGCAAUCUUCCAGCUUCAAGCAACCUCUGCCAAAGAACUCCUCCUUGGCCAGCUCAUUUGAUCAAAAAGAGACCAAAGAGCGAGGAAGGACAGGGAUGUCAGUGUUGUGAUGCACUUCAGAGCGAGAUCCCUUUAAAGAGGAGAGCAUGGCAGACUGAAGAAACAGGUGACAUGUAG